UUGCGCUUCAAUUUUUGGAUAAUAUGAAUUCACAAUCAUUGGAUAAUAAUAACAUAAAUAGUAUAAAUCCACAAUGGUUGAAUAGUGAUAUAAAUCCACAAUCAUCGGAUAAUAAUAUAAAUCGACAAUUUUUUGUUGAAUCUCCACAACAGCUUCACAUCAUGGAUCCACAAUGGUUGAAUAAUGAUAUAAAUCCACAAUCAUCGGAUAAUAAUAUAAAUCGACAAUUUUUU